AUGAAACAAAAGUGCAGUAAAUGUAAAAAUUUUGAUCAAAUAUUUACAUGCGAUGGAUGUCAACAAUCAUUUUGUAAUGAACAUAUUCAUGAACAUCGUGAAGAAUUAUCACAUAAAAUGAAUGAUAUUAAUAAAGAUUAUUGUCAGUUCGAAGAAGGUUUAAAUAACAAUGAAAUUAUUCAAAGUUAUCUUUCUCGUAUUGAUCUGUGGGAACGUGAAUCAUUAAAAAAAAUUCAAGAAACCGCUGAAAUAGCUCGUAAUGAUUUAUUAAAAAUUUUUGAUCGAAUGAAAAAUCAAUUAAAAUCAAAAUGUAAUAAAAUAUACUAUGAUAUACAAACAAAUCAAGAAUCAAAAAACUAUUCAGAAAUUAAUUUAAAUCAAUGGAUGGAACAAUUAGAAAAACUUCGUCAUAUAUAUAAAACUUCAUUUACAGUUGAUAUUAUUGAUGAUAAACAAUCAUCUUUUCGGUUAAUUAAAAUUAUCGAUAAAAAACAAUCAUUUUCUAUUGAAGAAUUAAAUUCUAAUACUAAUGAAAAAUUCAAUAAAACUGUUGGUAAGAUUACUUUAUCACAAGAUCAUCUUACAGCAACAUGUUCAGAGAGAAAUUGGAACGGUUCGAAUGUUAGUGGUAAUAAUCUCUAUUCGUCUGGUAUUCAUUCUAUUCGUUUUCGAAUUACGAAAAACGGAAAAAAUAAUCCGUUUUUCGGUAUUACAUCAGUUGCAAAAGAAUUAAAUCCAUGGAAUCGUAAAACCCCAUUUGCUUAUGGUUGGUGGAAAUUUCCAUUUGAUGAAAAAGAACAAGAAAAUAUUGAAGACCCAGAUAUUAAAACAGAUGAUGAAGUAACAUUAACAUUAGAUUGUCUUAAUAGUCAAAUUCAGUUUGAACAUCAUCGAACAAAACAAAUUGUUUAUGAAUCUAUAGAACAUGAACAAUGUCCUUUUCCUUGGAAAAUUGCUAUUGUUUUAUAUUCUCCAGGUGAUGCUAUUAGUAUUUUAUCAUAA